AUGUUUGACCCCGACAACCACAUCUGUGGCUGUUAUUACACCACCUCCUGUGAUCGCACCUACCUUCCUCAGGUCCAACUGAACUCUCAUACCACUAUCACCCCUCUCUACUUCACCACCAAACUCUCUCAAACCUUCCACAACCCUUCUGGACGUCAACUUCCCGAGACCCGUUACACUUUCCCCUUGUAUGAUGGUGUAGCUGUCUCGUCCUUUACCUGUACCAUUGGUGAGAAGGUCAUCAAGGGUCAUGUCGAGCAAAAGGAGCAGGCCCGCAAGACCUUUGAUGCCGCCGUCAGCAGAGGCGAAACCGCUGGUCUUCUGGAAUUCCUUCCGACCGGCGUCUUUGGAGUCACUCUGGGAAACAUCCCUGUUGAUGCCUCCAUCCAAGUCGACAUCACCUAUGGAGGUGAGCUCAAGCACGAUGCUCAGAUUGACGGCUUGCGCUACAUUCUUCCAACAUCAAUCGCUCCACGUUACGGCAGUUACCCAGGCGAGCUCUUGAAACAUGAUUCAGCCAUUGCCAAGGGCACGAAAAUCACCGUCGACAUCGACAUGCAAGGUUCCACCGUCCGCAAAGUCCAAUGCNCCUCUGAUCACUCCAUCGCUCUGGACAUUGGCACUCUCUCUACCAGCUCUCCGCUCACCUCCGACAUGUCCAAGGCUUCAGUCUCGUUGACUCACAACACAACCGAGCUUGGCUCAGACUUUGUCUUGCAAAUCCUGAUUGACGACAUCGGCUCUCCCAAAGCCAUCCUUGAGAAGCACUGCAUACCUGGUCGUGAAGCUCUCAUGGCAACUUUUGUGCCACGCUUCGAUCUCAAACCAAUCAGACCGGAAAUCAUCUUCAUCGCCGAUCAGAGUGGCGGUAUGCAAGGCAGCAAGAAUACUGCCCUUGUUGCUGCCUUAAAGACGUUCCUCAAGUCUCUGCCAUCUGGAGUCCGCUUCAACAUUUGCGCUUUCGGAUCACGCCACGAAUUCCUCUGGAAGAAGAGCGUCCCUUACAACCAGGAGAAUUACACUCAUGCUCUCCGCUUUGUGCAAAACUUCAGCGCCAGCUACGGUGGUACAGAAUUGUUGCGACCCAUUGAGGCCGCCUUCAAGUCGCAUCUCUCUGAUAUGCCCCUCGAACUCUUUGUUCUCACUGAUGGCGAGAUCUAUGCGGAAUCUCAGCUGUUCGAUCAUGUCAACAGUCAAAUUCACGAGAAGAAGGUUGAUGCUCGUUGCUUCGUACUCGGUGUUGGCCGUGAUGUCUCUCACACUCUGGUUGAAGGCGNNCUUGCUCGCGCUGGUAACGGCAUCUCUCAGUUCAUCACUGACGAUGAAGUCAUGGACUUCAAAGUUGUCCGUAUGCUCAAAGCUGCUUUGUAUCCCCACGUCAGAGACUAUCGUCUGGAGAUCCAGUAUGAGGACACCGAGGACUUUGAGAUGGUUGAGGACCCGGCCCCCAAGCAGGUGGUGGAUAGUUCUCCAGACCAGCCAAAGAAGUCUAUCUCGUUAUUCGAUCAGUCUGUCGACCUCAAUGACGCUCCUGAUGAGAAUACUGACCGCUAUGCCCAUCUUCCCACCAUUGCUGUGCCCGAGUUUAUCCAAGCUCCUCAUGUUAUCCCUCCUCUACUACCUUUCAGCCGCACUACUGUGUAUCUUCUCCUACAGGACNAUAAAAAGACUCCCAAGUCCGUCCUUUUGCACGGUACUUGCUCUGAUGGCCCGCUGAUGCUGGAGAUACCCAUCAAGAGAAUGGACAACCCCAACCACACUAUCAACAUCCUGUCGGCCAAGAAGGCCAUCCAAGAGCUCGAAGAAGGUAGAGGCUGGUUGAUAACCGCAAAGGAGGGUGCCGAACUGAUCAAGGACAAACACUCCUCGCGCUUCGAUGAACUGGUUGAGAGAGAAGCCGUCCGUCUCGGUCUUGACUAUCAAGUUGCCAACAAAUGGUGUUCAUUCGUUGCUGUCGAAUCCGACCAGAAUGGCAAGCGCGUCGGUGAAGACAGAGUCGAAAGUGACACUAGCCCAGAAACCAGACGUAGCUAUGGAGAUCAUCCCGUUCAGAAGCGCUGCAGGCGCGCGCCGCUGGCCUUUGCGCCUAGUCACUAUGGCAUCUCAGGCGCUGGUCAUGAUACAUUCGUGGGUCGUGGCGGAAGUCGUGGUGGAGGUCGCGGUGGAGGUCGUGGUGCUAUGUUUAUGGCUCAAGGACAAAUGCUUUCAUCGGCAAUUCCUCAGAGCCCGGCUUCUAUGCGCUCGCUUGCACCCCCGGCUUUGAGGUCUCAGGCCCCUCCCCUCCCCCCUCCCGCCGCAUGUGCACCGGCAGCUCCUUCCUCCGCCCGCACAACUGGUCCCGUCGCAUGCUCACCUGUUUCCUCGCCUCAGUAUUUUGCUUGCUCGGCAUGGGAUGCCGAAGCCCCAGGCCCUCUGAGUUAUGACCCUCCUGCAACUGAAGACGCUCCUGCCAUCCCCAUCAACGACACCAUGGCGGCCAUCCGCGCACUCAUCGAUCUUCAAUGCUUCGAUGGUCACUGGAACUGGAACCAGGGUCUCCGUAACUUCUUCGCCAUUGAGAUUGCCAAGAUGAGCAACGCUGGAUUCGAAGAAUCCACAAUGUUGGCCACCGUAUUGGUUCUUGCAUGGUUGAAGACCUCAGCAACUGAAUACCGUGAUCUCUGGGAGAUGGUUGCCGACAAGGGUAAUGAGUGGCUCCUAACCCAGGAGAACUCCGGUCUGCUCAUGAGUACUGCCAUGAGUGCUCUCUCUGGCUAA